UACAUCAGUCAGAACAUAUUUUCAAGUAGUACAAUUCAACGACGGAGUAGACCAAAUCUUUAUUCGAAAAAAUUUCAAAUUUUCUUUUUUAUCUUCUACUAAGAAAUAAAAGUGUAAUAUUGAAUAACAACCUAAUAUAUAAUUAAAAAUAAAAAUUCAUUUUCACUUUAAAUGUAGGAAAUUCUACGGUGAUAUAACCUAGAAGAACAGUUCCCACCUUCGAUCUUUAAAUCUCUGCAUGUUAUGUAAAAGUUAUCAUAUGAUUGAUAUGUUUAUUAAAUUAAUAAUUUUUUCAUAAAGCACUGAUUAGAAAGCAAUGUGUCUUUAAUUAUUCAACAAAUUAUUCAACAAAUAUUCACCUGAUACAGUGCAUGUAUAUUUUUCCGGCUCCGGUAAUGUAAGGGCAAUCGUUCGCGUAAACACACGAUAUUCCCAAUCAAGAAACAAUUUUGCAAAACACAUCGUGUGUUAUGUGUGUAGUUCUACAAGUAUCAACGCAAAAUGUUGAAGAAUAAUUUUAUAAGGACUUCCUGGUGCAAACUACGUUCACGAUAUACGCAUAAAAGUGCCUCUCUCCCAGAGACAAAAAGUAAAGAAUUGGAGAUUGCAAAGAUACGUAACAUUGGCAUAUUGGCACACAUUGAUGCUGGAAAGACCACCACGACAGAGAGGAUGUUAUACUACUCAGGCCUUAUCAGGAACAUGGGAGAAGUACAUCACGGUAACACGGUCACCGAUUACAUGGAACAGGAACGUCAACGUGGGAUAACUAUCACCUCAGCUGCGGUUACGUUCAACUGGAAAGAUUAUCGCUUCAAUUUAAUAGACACACCGGGUCACAUAGAUUUCACGAUGCAGGUGGAGCAAACUCUGCAAAUAUUGGAUGGUGCGAUUGUAGUUCUGGAUGGUUCCGCUGGUGUGGAGGCACAGACACUGACAGUUUCCCGACAGGCGGAUAGAUACGAUAUCCCUCGAAUAGUCUACGUUAACAAGAUGGACAGGGCAGAUGGUAACUUUGACAUGUGUUUACGGUCCAUCGAGUCUAAAUUGAACGUUGAAACGCUACCCACACAGAUCCCCGUGCAAAAGGCGGGAGUCUUGGAGGGUAUCGUGGAUGUGAUAACCAUGAAGAAGCUGACGUUCGACGAAAAAUAUCAGGGUAUGAGUGUAACGAGAAAGAAAAUCACUGAAAGCGACGACGGGAAGCUGUGGGAGGUCGCCAGCGAGAGGAGACGAGCGUUGACUGAUAAGUUGUCGGGCAUGGAUGACAAAUUGGCCGACAUCGUUAUAGAACAGGAGUCUCUGGAGAACGUGACGGCACAGGCGUUGGUCGAGUCGUUGCGCAGCGUCACCAUAGGCAGAAAAGGCGUGCCCGUGAUGUUAGGCAGCUCCUACAAGAACGUAGGAGUGCAGCCUCUGAUGGACAGCGUCGUCCUUUACCUGCCGUCUCCGGGGAACAAGUCGAGCUCAUACCGACACUUCGGCGACGAUCUGGCGGCGCGAGUCUUCAAGAUCGUUCACGACAAGCACAGGGGUCCGAUCACCUUCUUCAGGAUCUACUCCGGCAACAUGAGGAAGGGCCAGAAGCUGUACAACGUGACGCGCGAGCGGAGCGAGCAAUGCCUUCACCUGUACAUCGCCUGCGCCGACGAUUACGAGGAGGUGGCCGAGGUGAGCUACGGUAAUAUCGCGGCGGUGGCUGGACUGAAGAACACCGUCACCGGCGACCUGGUGACGACGAGCGCGAACACGGCCAACCACGCCAGGCAGGCCAUGCUGAAGGAGAACCCGGACCGGUCGGAGCAUGUGAACAACUUCUUCGCGUCCGGCGUGAAGCUGCUGGACCCGGUGUUCUUCUGCUCCAUAGAGCCGCCCUCCUUGCUAGCGCAGUCCGCCCUCGAGGUCGCUCUUCAGGAACUGCAGAGGGAGGACCCAAGUCUGCGCGUGAGGAACGAUCCCGAGACGCAGCAGAUAGUCCUCGCGGGUAUGGGCGAGCUGCACCUCGAGAUCAUCAAGGAGAGGAUCAAGAGGGAGUAUAAGAUCGACGCGGACCUGGGGCCCCUGCAGAUAGCCUACAGGGAGACGGUUCAGAACGCCGUCCGGGAAACGCUGGUCACCGAGCACAAAGUCGGCAAUACGAGUCACCGGGUUACCAUCACGAUGUCCUUGAUACCCAAUUACGAGGACACGCAGCAGCAGCUGCUGCUGCUGGACAAGUCCUGCCCGGACAACGCGUCGAACAUCGACAACAUUCAUCCACGGGCGAUGAACGCGAUCAAGAACGGCGUGAACGCUGCGCUGCUGCACGGUGUGAAGCUGAGCUGCCCGGUGAUCAACGUCGGCGUUAAGCUGCACUGGCUGGAACUCGGACGUGGCACGUCGAAUACCAUGGUAUCCGCGGCUGCCUCGCAAUGCAUUCGUAAGUUGCUCGAAAAAGGAUACUCCAUGUUACUGGAGCCCAUCAUGCGACUAGAGAUAGUUGUACCGCAGGAAUAUUCCUCGAGCAUCAUCGCGGACCUAACUCACAAGCGAGGCGAGAUACAACAGAUCGACCUGCGUGGCAACAAUAAGAUAAUCGAUGCUUUCGUGCCGUUGUCAGAAUUAUUGGGAUACUCGACGGCACUGAGAAUCGUCUCGUCGGGCAACGCGACGUUCUCAUUGGAAUUCAGCCAUUACCGGUUAAUGACUGUCGCCGAAGAACAGGAAGCGAUCAAAAAAUUCCAAGGAUUCUAACGUUGUAAAGCCGGAAGCGAGCGAAAACGAGUAAAGUAACAGAGAGAGAGAGAGAGAGAGAGUACAAUUUCAUCCGGUUUUUUUUAUUGACUCAAUCUAAUCAAAAUAUAUUGCAACAUUAUUCUUGGUGCGUUACAAUCUCCAUAUACGUUCCUCAACAGCGACCACCAAGUAUGACACCGGAAAGUCUCACGGUAGUAGAUCGGCCGCGGAGCAUGAAAGAGAGAGAAGUCGCUAGCGCGCGCACGCCUAUCAAAAGAAGAAGUCGGCUAUCGGCUUCCGCGCAUCAUACUCCAGUAGUCGCGCAUGAAUAUAUUAAUAUUGCUUAAGAUCAUGCAAAAAUGUCAUACAUCGUAAAAUAUAUGUAUGUGUAUAUAUAUUAUAAUCGUACGGAGGGAUUAAAUGUUAUAAUGUCGAGUGAGACUGGAAAAAACGACAGUCACGCGUAUAAAAACCUAUUUAUCGUCGUCGCGGGCAAUACGAAGGCGAGAUACCGUAGAAUUUUUCUUUCUACCAUCGCAACACGCGAGAUGAUACCGUACGACGAGAAUUCGCAUUUUGUGCAAUUUCCCUUACCCGCGAUCUUGAAAUAUUUCUUCUUUGAAUUAUGCGAACUGCUGUAACGUGUUGUGUGUGUGGUGUAUGUGUAUGUUGUUGAUCGAUGUUUUUUUCUUCCUUUUUUUUUAUUUUUAAGCGCAAUUCAAAGAGCUCUUAUCGUCCCUUAAUGUACUUAGAAGUUGAGCUAAACAUGUUUCGUCUUAACUUCUAGAUCCUCGUAUCGUCAAAGUGUAGAAUUACAAGUAUAAAAUUUCCUUCAUCUUUCGUUGCGUCGCUUACAAAAUGACAAAUCUUACUUUCUCUUUAAUCCUAAUUUGUUACUUUAAACAUUAAAUAUAUUCGUAUCACUUGUGGAUGCAGACGUUGUUACAUCGGUCUGCCGAUCAUUUUUCUACAAGGCGCAGACAGCUUGGGCGCUUUAUCCUUCCCUUCCAAACGUUAUUUCUCUCUUUCUCCUACGAUUUUUACAUCUGCAACGAACAACAACCUAGAACAAUUCGUUCGUAGAUCUCAAUACAAGAUUACAAUUCAAAAAUCUCAGUUUUGCGUCGUUGUCGCCCACGUUUGUUGGCACGAAAUACUGAGACCGUGAAAAAAAAAAAAAGAAAAAACGCGAAUCUGCAAAAUCGCUAAAAUC